CAAUUAUUCAGACUCACCCAAUUUGAAAUCUGUGAGCCCUCAAAAUCGCUGUUUACAAACCUAAUUCUCGUCCUCAUUCUCAAUCUCUCCGAGUUCACUCGCAGGCCUUUCUGUCUCUCGUCUUCGGAGAAUCUUGUGUUACCAUGUUCUUUUUGGUAGCGUAUUAAUAUGUGGUAUUAGGAGCUGCCAACAAAACUGCAUUCCAAAGAAAUCAAAGGCGGAGCCGGGAAUGGAUGAAGACGAUCUCUCUUCCUCCUACAUUCCCAGAAACCGCGGCGCAUCUUUGGAGCAGUGCCAACGCAUGAUUCAUAAGAGUCUCCUUUCUCCGCAGGUGAGGUUCUUGAGGGAACAGUUGGAGAAAGCCGGGUGUCUUGUAGGGGAUAAUUUCAUCAAAGCUGUUAAAUGCAACGAGAGCGGAAUAGCUGGUGGUUACACUAAGGGUAAAGGGAUAGUUGUGUGCUGCAACGAGAUGGAAUCUCAAGAUGAUGUUGACCAGGUGUUAAAGCAUGAACUUAUUCAUGUAUUUGAUGACUGUCGUGCAGCAAACUUGGAUUGGACAAAAUGUGCUCACCAUGCUUGUAGCGAGAUCAGAGCUGGUCAUCUAAGUGGUGAUUGCCAUUUCAAACGGGAACUUCUUAAAUUAACUUCCUUGAAAAUUCGAGGGCAUGAACAAGAAUGCAUCAGAAGGAGAGUUAUGAAAUCGUUGUCUGCAAAUCCUUAUUGCUCUGGUGUGGCGAAGGCUGCUAUGGAAUCUGUAUGGGAUGUUUGCUAUAAUGAUACAGAGCCUUAUGACAGAACUCUGUAAAAACUGCGUGAUUGUAACUGGUAUUUACUAUACCUGCGUUGGGUACCAUUUUGGGCUUGGAACUUUUAAGGUGAUUCAAAUAUAAGAAUGAAGGUUAGCCAGCCAAUUCAACGAGAGAGUUGCACUGGUUCACUUUAACUUCUUCUUCCUACAUUGGCCUUGCAUCCAUUCUACCCCUUCCCCUUUUAGUUUUUGUUUUAGAUGCACUGCUAGAACACUUUACAAUUGUCAGAAAUUGCUUAGACACUCAUUUCCUCGCUGUGUUGAUUGAACGGAUUGAUUUUUGUAACUAUUUUUGUUCUUAUUAUUGUAUAUGUUUAUUGAAAAAUACAUUUAGAAUUGUACAAUUUGAAAUUUAUUUUUUUAUUUCGUUUUCUA